AUGAAGGUCCGGGUGGUGUGUUGGAAAGUGUAUGAUUACAUUUGUUAUGAUCUAAAAGAGAUUGCAUUUCCAUCUUCGCUGCCAGACCCUCCUCAUAUCAAGAAGCAGCAUCAGCUCACCAUGCGGGAGUGGUUUUUGGUGUUGAAUGAGGCUUCUAGGCUUUAUGCUGCCAACUGGGUGCAGGAUGUUGGUCCUGAACUGCGACCUAAUGAUUAUAAGAAUAAAGAAAGUGAAGAUGAACCUGGUGGAGCACAGAGAACGGCUAAAGAGAAAGAACCCUCAACCUUAGAGGAUCUUGCCUGA